AUCAAGAUUUAGAUUAUAUUAAAUAUUCCUUUAUUAGUCCCACAGUGGGGACACAUUAGAGCAUUAAUAAAACACAACAAUACUAAUACUAAAUAUACAGAGGAAAGGCAGUGACCAAGGUGAAUUUCCAGCAGGUUAAACCACUACUCGCAGAGUAAUGUUGGAAAAUAAAUACCAAUGAAUGUUUUGCACAUUUUGUUUUUAGAGUUUUCAGUUCAAAAUAAACUGAUGUGAUUGUUUAUCUUUCUGAUAUCCAAAUUGAGAUUCUACAGAGAAUCAUCAUUCGUCUGUAGUUUCCCUCAGAACUACAGACCUGUUGGGUUUCAUGGACGAAAGCUUGAUUUGAUUCUUCCUCCCUGCUCAUCAGAUUUUAGCCUAAAGAAUCUCCGCCAACAUCAUGUGCCCAUAAUAUUUCAGAUUAAUCAGAAUUAAAGAAGAGGAAUUUGACUGGGUGAUUGGCUCAUAACAAUAAACAACAUGACUCAAAAUACAUAAUCAUAAUAAAUUGCAUUUAACUGUGUUAGCUUCUGGGUUCAGGUUUAAAAGGGCCAUCCUUGAUGUGAGUAACAACAGCACAGACAGUGAGAUGGAUUUAAUAUGACCUGAGUACUUGUGUUAGCUCCGCCCCUCGCGCUCUCCUCCCCCCGCCCCCCUCCACUCCUCCAAUCUGUCCCACUAAAGUGAUUUCAGCGCAUGCAGGGACUCGUCCCCUCGGCGGCGGGUGGCAACAUGGCGACAGAGUUCCACAACCUGCAGGAGUUGAAGCACAGCGCAUCUCUGGCGAAUAAAGUCUUCAUCCAGAGGGACUACAGCGAAGGAACCACCUGCAGGUUUCAGACCAAUUUCCCCUCUGAGCUGGAGAGCAGGAUUGAGCGGCCGCUGUUUGAGGACACUGUGAAGACGCUGAACGGCUACUACGCCGAGGCGGAGAAGAUCGGAGGCCUGUCCUACCUGGAGGGGUGUCUGGCCUGCGUUACAGCAUACCUCGUCUUCCUCUGCAUGGAGACGCGUUACGAGAAGGUGUUGAAGAAGAUCGCCAAGUACAUUCGGGAGCAGAAUGAGAAGAUCUUUGCUCCCAGAGGGCUGCUCGUCACGGAUCCCAUCGAAAGGGGAAUGCGUGUUAUCGAGAUCUCCAUCUAUGAGGACCGGGGCUCCAGCGGUUCCAGCUCGGGCAGCAGCUCCGUGUCCGGCAGCACCGCUCGAUGACUUCCCGAUGGCCACGUCCCCCCCGGUCACUCGCGACAGUAAUGCGACUCUCGUUCUAACACUCGGCCCGACGCCUCCGCAAAGCCGCGCUCGCACAAAGGAUUCGCUGGUUCUCGACGAAGACGGGGCUCGUUGCGCCGGACGCGCCUUCGCAUGCUGAAGGUGUCAACGCUUUUUAAAACACACACACACAUACUGUAGUAGUUUGUUGCAACGCCCUGUGCAUGGCGACAGUCGUGUUACUACUGUACGAUGCAAUGUCUCAGUAAAAAGCAGAAGAAGAAGAAGACUUUGUGUGAUCGCACCGCUACCUUCCUUCCUGUCCUCUUUGAGGUUACCGCAGCGAUGUGGGUGAGAGAAGCGUGUAAGGAAGUGAGAAAAAGGAGGUAGGAGGUGUUGUAGACCACAAGCCUCACCGAAACCUCAUACCUCAGCCCCCACAGCCGCACCACACCGGACCAAACUGGACUGAAUGUCAGAUGUACGGAAGAGGGAGAAGCAUUUGAAGGCAUCGCAACGUUUCAGCAAACCUGUAUAGAGGAACCUGUUCCACCUCUGAUGUAACGCGUGCCGUCUGCUAGCAGAUGAAUGUCGUUCAGCCCCACUGUUUAUUUGAUGUAGAUCUUCCAUUUUUGUCACAUGAAGCCUAUUUUUUGUUUUCUUUGUUAGACACACAAACGUAUGUAAGUUCUAACCUCUUGGUUUUUAAUGAGCGAGAUCAACUAUUCCUAAAUUUUUGAUUAUGCAAAUGACAAACUGUGCAUUGAAUGCAUUAGUACGGAGGCAAAGGACGGGUCCAAAAGUCUUCCUGAAUCUUCUCCGUGGUGUUUUUAAAACACACCAACCCUUCCUUGAUUUCCGAGUAAGCUUCCAAAGAACAAUAACUGGCUCACGAUUGUGAAUGUGUCUUUUUAUUUCGGUGACAUUUUGUGCAACACUUUCGUACUGCUUGUUGUUUGAUACACGUGGCAAGGAGGUGUAAAUAUGACUGCCGUCAAAUAAAUACUGUUUCAUCGCA